GUUUCUGCUGAGAUGAAAGAGGAGCUGGACAAGUUGGGCUUCGCGGUGAACGUGACUCACUUCAAGUGGGAUCAUAUCAUCCUGCCGGGGUUACGACAAUACUGGAAAAUGCACGGCCACGUGGACGUUCCGCAAGCCUUUGUCGUCCCUGCGGGCGAUGAGGCGUGGCCGAAGCUGGGGUUACCGGCAGGGCACCCGAAAAAAUAA